AUUCGGGGCUCCAGGGCGAGAGCCCUGCCUGACCGGGCACUGGUGAACUGUCAGUAUAGCUCAGCGACUUUCAGCACAGGAGAGCGCAAGCGCCGGCCACAUGGGGACCGUAAGUCCUGUGAGAUGGGUCUGCAGCUCCGUCAGACGUUUGAAGCGGCCAUCCUCACUCAGCUGCACCCGCGCUCCCAGAUCGAUAUCUAUGUGCAGGUGCUGCAAGCAGAUGGCGGAACCUAUGCGGCCUGCGUGAACGCAGCCACACUGGCAGUGCUGGAUGCUGGGAUUCCUCUGCGGGACUUUGUGUGUGCAUGCUCAGCUGGCUUUGUGGAUGGCACACCCCUGGCAGACCUCAGCCACGUGGAGGAAGCAGCUGGCGGUCCGCAGCUGGCUCUGGCCCUGUUGCCUGCCUCUGGCCAGAUCGCCCUGCUGGAGAUGGAUGCCCGUCUGCAUGAGGACCACCUGGAGCAAGUGCUGGAGGCCGCCGCACAGGCUGCCCGAGAUGUGCAUGCCCUGCUAGACCUGGUGGUGCGGCAGCACGUGCGCGAGGCCUCCGUCCUGCUGGGGGACUGAGCACACGGCCGCUGCACCAGAAUGAGCCCUGCUCCUCUGCUCACACACCCCUCAGUACUGGAAUCUCCCAGCCUUCCAGAAUUACAGGAACUCGGCAGAGCCUGGCUGGGUGCUGGCCCCUGGGGUGACUGGCAAUCUCCCCUACACACAAGCCACAGAAUUCUUUGUAGUCUCAGGACUGAAGCCUGACUCUGGAGAGCAGUUCAUUUGAAAACGUGAUUAAAACAUGUGGCCUAUAAACACAUGUAGAAACACGCUUAAAAAAGGGGGGGAUAUGUGGAGCAACCCAUCUGAAACAUGUGAUUAGAACAUGUGGCCUGAAGACACAUGCAGAAAUGUGCUUCCAUAAGCUACUCUAGCAGGGGUAUUGAGAAGCAUCUACUUAGAAAACAGUAUCUGCCUGCUGUCAAUGGUUCUUUUUGUUAAUGCCCGACACCCCAAUACUGCUCUACUGGGCUAGAGGAAGUCACGUGUGUUUAUCAGAUUGUCCCCCCCCCAAAAAAAUCAAAUUAUAUGGUGCCAGUCAUUUUCACAUCUUCGGACGAUUUACAUCCAAAAACUGGCUUUGCAUUCCGGUUUCUCCUCCCUUCUCUUUGUAUUCCACUUCCUUCCCCAUUACUUUUGCAUCCCAUUUUCCCCUUCCCCCAUUUUCUGUCCUUUAGAAAAAUAAACCUAAAGCUAACUCUAA